UAUUGUCCUCUAAAGUAGAGAACAGAUCAGAUCAGAGAGUGGGGAAAACAUGAAGUCCAUCUUAAUCGGCCUUGUCAUCUUACAAUGCACAAUAUCUAUAUACGCUGCGCACAGUCAAAGCUUUUUGUACUACGCAGAACAAGUAGUGGAGGAAGAAGAACCUUUUGUGACUGCAUUUGCAGAAGAUGAUGCUGCUGCAGAUCAUAAUUCCGAUCUAUUCUACUACUACGUUGAACAGUGGCCAGGAUCCUAUUGCGACACCAAGAAAGGGUGUUGUUACCCAUCCACAGGGAAACCUGCGACAAACUUCAGCAUACAUGGACUCUGGCCUACAUGGUUGAAUGGCAGUUGGCCAGAGAACUGCAAUCCCAAUAGUCUCUAUGAUGAGUCCAAGAUAUCAUAUUUGAUUGAAAGAAUGCAAAGUGAAUGGCCAACAUUAUCGUGUCCAUCCAACAAUGGUUCUAAGUUCUGGAAACAUGAAUGGGAAAAGCAUGGAACAUGCUCUAUAUUUGAUCAAUGUGCAUACUUUGAAUCAACACUUAACAUCAAGGACAGAGUCAAUUUCCUUCAAGCGCUUGAGAAUGCAGGAAUCAAGCCAGACGGGAAUUUUUACGAGGUAGAAGCCAUCAAAGAAGCAAUAAAGGCAGGAGUUGGUGUGACACCACUGAUAGAAUGCAAUUCAGAUGCAUCUAAGGUUUCCCAGCUCUACCAGAUAUACAUUUGUGUUGAUCUUAAUGGGAAAGACAUAAUUGAAUGCCCAACAACUGUCCAGAGGAAUUGCAACACUACUGUGGAAUUCCCUCCCUUCUAGGAGAAUCCAAAUCCACUUUGACUUUGAUCCAGAUCAGGGGUAGAUCUCACUCAAAACAUUGCCUCAAAAUGACCAUUUAAAUGUAAUUUUAUGCAAAUUUUUCAAAACAAUAAUCCUCCGUAUGAAUAAAAUUGACUUUGAAAGUGGAAAAAAACAACAA